CAACAGAAACACGUGGGUUUGUUGUUGCAGGAAGUGAAAGAUGGCGGCUCAGUCGUUGAUCUCAGAGUCUGUGCUCGGGUGGUCUAUUUUCACCAUUGUACUUCUGGUCAUCCUGGUUUUCUGCUGGACCUACAUUAGGAAAUUUCAAAGUCGUCAGGAGAGUGAAGUUGUUUCAACCAUCACAGCAAUAUGUGCCCUGGCCAUUGCUUUGAUAACGUCUGCCCUCCUACCAGUGGAUAUAUUUCUGGUUUCAUUUAUGAAGUAUCCCAAUGGCACCUAUAAGGAAUGGGCAGCAAACAAUGGCACGAGAAGUCAGAUUGAAGACACUGUGCUGUAUGGAUACUACACCCUUUACUCCAUUAUCCUAAUCUGCGUCUUCCUAUGGAUCCCAUUUGUGUACUUCUACUACGAAGAAAGAGACGACAACAAUGUGAACAAGUGCUCGCAAGUGAAAAACGCUCUGAAGUACACAAUUGGAUUCGCCAUUGUCUGCGUGGUGCUCCUUUUAAUUGGGGCAUUUGUUCCGCUGGAGGCUCCACCUGGGCAGAACUCCACACAAUGGGAAAAAGUCCAGUACCUUUUUGAGGAGCUUGGGAGUAGUCAUGGUCUGCCUGCUCUGUCUUUCUCCAUCAGCUCCUUGACCUUGAUUGGCAUGUUGGCAGUGAUCACUUACACGGCAUAUGGUAUGUCUGUUCUGCCUUUGAAUCUGAUAAAAGGCACACGGAGCGUGCAGUAUGAGCGCCUGGAGAACACAGAGGACAUUGAUGAUGUUGAGCAUCAGAUAGAGAAGCUGAAAUCCAAGUGUACGGACGGACGUCCUCUGUCCUCGAGGGAUAGACACAACCUGCAGGACCUAGAGGGCAAACUGCAGGUUCUCCGGCGCAGGGGGAGACACCUGGAAAUUGCAGAGAGGAACUGCUGCACUAAAGUGGGCAGCGCUCUCAGACCUUUCAAGAUAAUACUGGGCGUUUUCUUUAUCAUGGUCGCCCUGCUCUUCACUGUUGCGCUGUUUAUUUCAAACCUGGAUAAAGCCCUACACUCUGCUGGCAUCAGCUCCGGGUUCAUAAUCUUUGGCACCAACCUGACCAAUCCUCUGAAUGAACUUCUCUUAGCCUUACAACCCGUAUUUCCUCUGGAUUAUAUCCUGAUCACGGUCAUCACCAUGUACUUCGUAUUCACAUCCAUGGCCGGCAUUCGCAACAUGGGCAUCUGGUUUUUCUGGAUAAGGCUUUACAAAAUCAGACCCAAGAGAACACGUCCGCAGGCUCUUCUCUUCCUCUGCAUGAUUCUUCUCCUGAUUGUCCUACACACCAGCUACAUGAUCUACAGUCUAGCCCCUCAGUAUGUCAUGUAUGGCAGCCAGAAAUACCUCGUACAGAGCCCUACACCUGGGAAUGCGACCUCAAGGAUAUGUGACGCAGAUGCGCCUGAGGAUCAGUGCACUGUGACAAGAUCCUAUCUUUUCCUACACAAAUUCUGGUUCUUCAGCACCAUCUACUACUUUGGUAACUGGGCUUUUAUUGUGGCCUUCCUCGUCGGAUUGGUGGUGUCCUGCUGCAGAGGGAAGAAGUCUGUGAUUGAAGGAGAGGUGGAGGCUGAUGACUCAGACAUGAGCGAUGAUGAAUACGUGCACUGAAAAAUCCCUGCUCACUUGUUGACAUUGUGACCACAGAUUAAAGGGUGUAGAAAGUAGAAUUCCGUUGACAAAUAAAUGAUCAUCGGUGAUUUUGUCCUAAUUUAAUUUAUUUGGUUUUAAGUAGUUGUUCCAGCUGUGCACCGUGGAGUCCAGCCUUGUUUUGAGUUGCUAGGCUCCUUCCCCUUAAUGAGACUGUGGCUCAGACUGAUUGUUGUGUCUUUCCCGGUCAAUGUUAUUGAUGACUUUGGGAUUCUGGGAGUGUCCCCCAACUCGAUCCUACCUUGAGAAUUCACUUCUCAACGGUUUGACACAAAUUGGUCAUUUUUCAGGAGACACACUUAUUGCAGCUGCAAAGACAGAGCCCUGCGCUGUUCCAAAAACUUAUAUCUAAAUUUAAGUUGAACAUAAACCUUUACUACUUUCUAGACCCUUUAAAUGGUUCGUACAUAAAGAGUUGGCUACACUGCAUCUUUUAAGAUGAAAUACCAAGUGAACUGAACUGUUGCUGAACAGCUAAUUGGUAUGAAAACAAAAAAAAAAAAACAACAAAAAAAAAACAUGAUUCCUAAGUGUUGACAGCAUCAACAUUUUCCAAGUUUAUUUUUUGCUUGUUUUCGUCUGAGGUUAAAUAUAGUGCUUGUGGAUUUGCUGCAUUCUCCCUUACGGUACAUUUAGUUAUUUGCAGUCCCGCUCUAUUACAUAUUGAUAGGUUUUUGCUCUUGCAUACCUGAACUGUGUGUAAAAUGUAAAGGACCAGUUGCAUCAGUUGUCGUUGCAAAGUUAUUCGCCGAUUUUUAAUAAAAUAGGUUCAACAGCUUGAUGUUGGAAGAAAAAUAACGAAAAGAAACAGAAGAUAGGAGUGUCAUUUUCUUUUUAAUUACUUCUCUGGGGUUUCUCAACAGCGCGCUUGUUCUUUAGAGCUAUAAAUGGCUUCUUUUAGUCACGUUUAAUUUAUUUUCAGCACAUUUAGCUGUUUGUGUCAAAAUGAAUACAUUUUGCAGUUUAAUUUGAAAACCAAAUGGUCGUGCCUCAUGAAUGUAUAGUUUCAGGAUGGGCGCACCCCUUUGUAUAUGCUACUGGGAAUUAGCCUGACAGAAAUUAGCCAGAAUCUCGCGAGUUUUGGAUUUUUACUUUGAGAUGUUUGUUGAGAGUCAGUGGAGGCAGCUGGAAAUGCAGUUGAUGACAGAAGCUGCGACAACAUGCUGUUUCCACCUGUGAUCGUUUGAAAAGAUUGCUCUUGUGUUACUAUUGAAUGGUACUCGUAUUUAAAGAAAUAAAACAUUUAAAAAAAAAUGCCACAUUUCAAGCUUCUUUUUU